AUGCCUCUCUACCGCCGCCAGAAUGACAACGACGAGACCACCUCCUCGACGAAGACCGCCUCGACCCCCACGUCCAAAUCCGCCUCCUUAAAGACCGAACCCACCGCGUCCAGCAGUCCCUUCGUCGUGCCCAAGCCUUUCGACACAGCGCUAUCCAAUAACUUCACAGCCGGUUGCGCAACCUUCUUCCGCCGUCUUUUGGGCGACGAGACCUUCCAGCAAUGCCAUCCUUUCUCGUUGCUACUGCAGACCUCCAGUGGCUUCUUCGAUGCCUCGAAAUCCUAUAUUCGCAUUACGCAGACCCUCGAGGCGACAUGUAGAGCGAACGAGACAAUAUGCACAGACGCGAUGAACGGGCUGGCGAGAGAACUGGUGCAGGACAGCAAUUGCGCGACCGACUAUUCGAACGACAACCCGCAGGUGCUGCAGGCAUACAACGGGCUGAUUGCUUACGAGCCACUGUAUCAAGCAAGUUGUCUAAGGGACAGCGAGGGAAGCUACUGUUACGCCAACGCCGUCACCAACACGUCGGCUACCACCGAUUCCUAUCCCUACUACCUGCCCCUCGGUGUCGACCUGCCAGGAGGUGCCCGUCCCACAUGCAAUUCCUGCCUCCAGAACGCGAUGGCCAUCUUCUCCGCCUUCGCCGGCAACACCUCCCAGCCCAUCAGCAAGACCUACAACGCCGGCGCCCAGCAGAUCCAAGUCGCCUGCGGUCCCCAGUUCGUUAACAAGACUGCAACCCCCCAGAAAGGUGCUGCCUCCCCCGCCCUAGCGACUGCAUCGUUCGCGCCGACCAUCACUUUAAUCGCCAUGAUCUUCGUCUUCCUGUUCCAGUGA